UUUCAAACGGAGGCCCGGGGCGCCGAGAGGUUCUUUUUGGUUGGUUUUACUCACCGACACUGCUCAGGGGCAGAGCGAGGAUUCACACCGCUCUCUGAGCCCCAAGGCCCUGCUGCUUCAACCGCGACGCCGUCCUAGUCUCCUCGACCGACUCUCCUCCCAGGGUUCGGUGCCCAUGGCCGCCGCGAAAACGGCGCGCUGGGAUGAACAUUUCAGGCCAGAGAAACUAAAAGAAUGGCCCGAGCCCGAGUCAGUUGCUUUAAUGGAGGCAUUAGCUAGAGAAGACAUUGACGAAGCUGUACACGCUAUAUUAUUUAGAGAAAAUUACGUUGUGAAGGUUACAGUCCCUCCAUUUUGUGACCCUCUGUUUAGAAGACAGCAAGAGACGGAUGAAGAGAAGAGAGCUGUUUUUCAAUACAAGACAGGAAAACGAUAUACCUUAAAAGAAUUUAAAGAAAUAGAGAAGGCCAGGCUGUAUGGCAAAUUGCCCCAGUUCGCUUUCACUCUACACAGUGUGACUCCGAAAGCGUGGCACAAAGCCUCUGUGAGCCCUGGGAGAAGUAGGACUCGUAGGAAACGCAGUCCUGAAAAGCUUAUCUGUGCAGAAAAGAAAUAUCUGCCUGAUAAAGAGAAAAAGACCACCAACCUAAGUCAGACUAUUUUUGAAAGGCAGUUUCAUUCCUCGAAGCUCAGCCAGGAGAAUGAAAGGAAUGAAAAGCAGGGUCUGGUGAGCAGAGACGGGGGGAGCAGGGCUGGGAUGGCAGAAUUUUGCAACACCUGCAGAUAG